AUGGAGAAGCCGCAGCUGAUGAAGAAGCUGGACAAGCAGGAAAUCGCUCUUGGAAAAUUGAGGACUGAGAUGCUUGCAAUUGAGUCUGGCUUAAAAUCACCCCCGCCAGCAGACGGACAGUCGCAAGGACAGCAUGAUAAGGUGCAUGGAACAGGUUCUAAAACUGCACCUGUUCCCGCCCCUGCUGCCUCGAAUGCUGGAACACCGCCCACUACAACACCGAUAGCGUUUCCUGGGGACGACUUUACGAGCUUGCGGAUAGAAAUCAGUAGGCUUAAUGAGCGAAUUGGUCCACUGGAGAAGAUACCGGAGACGGUCGAAAAUAUGCAUUCGCGGCAGGCGAAGGCGGUUGCAUUAAACAACAUCGAGAGAAACAAACUUCGCGACGAACUGCGGAAAGAAGUGCGUACGGGAUGGGACAACUUGGCCGUGACAUUUGGUGAUCUCAUCGACAAGGAGACCAAGGAACGAUCUAUGGAUAGCGAACGUCUGAAGGAGCUCGAAAGGACUGUGCGGGAUCUCAAAGAGCUGCCUGGCUCUACCACCAGCAACGCCCGAAUAGCGUCUACGACAACCAACACCGAUGUGGAUAUGGCAGAAACAACGCUGGAACCAUUUCUCUCUCCGGUGCCAGAGCCCGUUAGCACCGUAGGCCCUGCUGAGCCUAUCGAGCCUAUGGAGCAACUUACGGCUAUACCGCCGGCCGUCACGCGAGUACCGAACACAGGACCGGCAACGAAAUCGUCACAACCUGGUAGCAACCCCGAUGUACGAGACCUCGAAAAAGAAAUACGGCUUCUUCAGCAGAGAAUGCAGUAUUCAGAGGAUGAUGUACGGGCGGUGCGGGUCGAGUUUGACGGGCAAUGUGCCACUCUGAGGAUGAUGGUUUCGACACUGGACUCGCAGUUCAACAACCUGACAACCAAGGACUUAUUCCACUCUAUCAUCGGCCACUUGGAGAAAAUGUACCCAAAUGCACGGCAACUGCAGGAAGACGUGAAGAGAAUUGGGCUCGAUGUCAAUCUAAUAAAGCAAAACAACCGAAUCACCGGCGAGGCUAUCCAAAAACUGGAAGAUAUCAUAGCUGCGCCGGUAGGCCAGAAGCGGCCUUUAGCAGGACGUACGGACAACGGAGGUCUUGUGGGUGAAUCCUCGUCGAUGAUAAAGCGGCAAAAGACCAGCGAGACUACAUCCAACGGCAAUGCUUCCACGAACAGCCCGACGAACCGCCCUGUGAACGGUGCUGCCGUGGCCUCGGCGUCCGCCAGUUCGUAG